AUGGGGGAGGAGGCCCCCGGCCGAGGGUUCUUGGGGGUUAGGCUUGAAACUAGGGGAUACACUCAUGCAACCACAGUGAAGCAGUGCCAAAGAAUCCCCUGGCGUGCUUCAGGCCUCCUAGUGGACGCCCCCUGGGAGAGCAGCGCUCCUUGGUGUCUGCAGAAUUCCAGUUCGAAGUCUUCCGCCAAGCCUAUCCUGGGUAUGCCUAUCGCAGCUGCACUCUCAAGCAGCAGAGCCAGCAUCCACGGCGGCGCGUACAAUUUACAGCAGCUUCUGAAUACAGCAGACACCAGCCGCCUGGUGCCCUCGUUCCUGGGGUCCCUUUUGUUGCCGGCAGAAUCCAGCGGCCAGCAAGAGCGGCUUCAUUCUCUAGGCGGUACCGCUGCACACGAAUUCUUCCUCCACCCACCCCUUACCUCUGCUGCAGCUCAGGAUGCAGGUGGAGAUGCCGAUGACUUGUCCUCUUGUACAUCAACAACGAGGCACACCCUGCGGGAGCGGCUGCUGCAAGAGCUGGUGGAGGGCGUCCUCCAGCAGCAUCAGCUUCCCGAAAUCGCCAUUGCAGGCCGCAGCAACGUUGGAAAAUCCUCCCUCUUGAAUGCCUUCUUCCGCCUAUGCAGCAGCGGUAACAGCAGCAACAAACAGCCACACGCACGCUCCUCGCGCACACCUGGACGAACACAGGCCAUCGACUUUUACCUCUUUAGUUUUUCCGCCGCAGCGCACGAAAACAGGCAGCAGCAGAAGCAGCAGCAGAAGCAGCAGCAGAAGCAGCAGCAGCAACUGCUUCGACGGGGGGCCUUAGUCCUCACGGACCUCCCAGGGUAUGGAUACACGGAGGGCAUAUCACCAGAGAAGGCGCACCAAAUCUCUCGUACGCUCGAGGUGUAUGUGAGCCGUAGGCAAGACAUGCAACAGGCGCUGCAGCACAUGCUGCUGCUUGUGGAUGGAAGAAGGGGCCUGGGGUCUCAUGAUGUUGCUCUGUUGAAGCUCCUGCAACAAAACAGAAUUUUGACAACGCUGGUGGUGACGAAGGAAGACCAGCUCAGUGCGACGCAACUGACGGACUUGAUCGAAGACCUCUCACGGUACCGCCGGAUCGCGCUGUCUCCCCACUUGUUGCAAUUGCGAAUGAAGCUGUUGCUGGAGCAGCAAAGAAAAAUGAUUCACAGCAAUGGGCACAAGGAUCCGAGUGGCAGAGCGUCCCCCGAGGACGUCUUGGAAGCCCCUUGUAGAGAAGCAGCUUUGCCGAAGCUCGAGCACGACCAAGAGCACGUGCAGCAGCAGCUUGCGUCGCAACAGACGCAGCAACAGCAGUUCCUCAGGAAGCAUGAGGUUCCUGUAUUCGUUGUGUCUGCACGCACGGGGUCAGGGAUUAAGCAGCUGUGGCGGCAUAUCCUGAGAACGGCCGCGGCAGGCUGCCCGAAUGAGAUGCCGCCUCAAUCAAGCGCAGCAGCAUCCACAGCAACGAGAGAACAGGAAACGGCGAGCAUUUCGAUCAAACGCAUGAAUCGGAAGACAGCCCUUCUUACUGCAAGCCUCUCUGACAUGCCUGACGACUGCUUCUAG